AUGCCUCUGAUCCGAAUCGCAAUUAUAGGGGCUGGACCUGCCGGUCUAACCCUGGCGAGACUGCUCCUCAACAAUCCCAAGCUCGAGGUCAUCGUCUUCAAAUCAGACAAAUCUCGAAACUCUCGCAGUCAAGGUGGAACCCUCGAUCUGCACCCAAACACUGGUCUGGAGGCUCUGAAAAAGGCAGACCUGUGGGAAGAAUUUACGAAGAAUGUUCGUUACGAUGGAGAAGCUGUCACUUUCUGCGAUAAAAAGUUCCAGAAAUAUCUCAGUCUCUCCGGUGCAGAAGAGAGCUCCUCUCGUGGUCGUCCUGAAAUCGAUUGA